AUGAGCUUAAACAACGGUUCCGGUUUCAAGGUCGAGCCUUUCGAUGGCUCGAACUAUGGGUUGUGGAGUUACAAGAUGAAGAUGUACCUGAUGUCGAAGGGGCUGUGGGGCGCGAUCGCGGGCGGUGAGACAAUGAGUGAGGCCAAGGAACAGCAAUCCCACGCCGCGAUCGUGCUUAAUCGGAGCGAUUCGCAGCUGAUGCAUGUCAUCGACUCUGCCACUGCAAGAGAAGUGUGGGGACAUUUGGCGCGGUUUCAUCACAGGCAUGACAUGGCGAAUCGACAUUGGCUGAAAGAACUGUUGGCCUCGUUCAGGUAUGCAGCAUCAACCAUAAGCGGUCAUGCGAUGGAGCUGGAGGACCUCGUGAUGAAGAUGAAGCGCGCGAACUGCGGUCCAAGUGAAGAAGACGUGUGCGCAGUACUGUUGCAGAGUCUACCUUCAAGCUUCGAGAGCUUGGUACAUGCAUUCCGCAUGUCCGUCGCAAGCUUCAGUUUUAGUGACCUCGUGAGCAAGUUGAUCGCCAAAGAAGUCCGCUAG